UGUAAGUUUAAUAUGUUUUGUUGUAUUUUUAUAAGUUUAAUUAAAAUGCAACAACAACAACAAAACUCAUGCCUGUAACCCAGUGGGAUAGUUGAUAUUUCAGGCGGACGAAGUCGCAUGCACAACUAGUAAGUUAUAAAUGUAUUAUGUCUUACAGGUUUUACUCAAUUGCGGGGUUUCCCAGAGUAGUGGGGGCAGUAGACUGCACUCAUAUAAAAAUAAAUUCACCAGGAGGAUCUAAUUCAGAAUUGUUCCGGAAUAGAAAAGGAUACUUUUCACUUAAUGUUCAAGUAGUGUGCGACUCCAAUUUAGUCAUCAGAAACAUUAUUGCCAGAUGGCCUGGUUCUGUGCACGAUAGCACAAUUUUCAAUGAUUCACCUUUAUGUGCUCAAUUUGAGCGUGGAGAUUUUGGCACAAUGGUACUUCUUGGAGAUAGUGGCUACCCAUGCCGACCCUACCUAUUAACGCCACUAUUAAAUCCCCUAACGCAUGCUGAAGAAGCAUACAAUCAGUCACAAAUCAAAACUAGAAACCUAAUUGAAAGGCUUUUUGGUGUAUUAAAAAGAAGGUUUCCAUGUCUGUCAUCGUAGCAUGUGCAGUUUUACAUAAUAUUGCACUUACACAUGAUAUUAUAUUGAUCUAUUGUCUGCAGCUGCGCUUGCCGUUGAGCCGCACUUAGCCGACCAGCUGCGAUCUUGAAACUGAAGCGAUGAGCGUAUCGCACCUAUUAUUA